CAACCAGUCAAAAGUUGACAACAAAUAAGUUUGGAGGUUAUACCGAUUCAAGUUUUGUUUUUCAUGAAAAAUUAAACAAAUAUUCCAUAUUUCGAUUUAAUUUUGUGAGUACUUUAAUAUCAAAUCAAUUAUGCUUACGUUACAUAGCAUGACACAGUCAGGGAUUCCCGACAAAAUGUGGCAACCACCUUUUGUACAAUUCGAUACCACCAUGGGGGAAUUCAUAGUGGAACUCUACUGGAAACAUGCUCCAAACACCUGCAGAAACUUCGCCGAGCUAGCCCGGAGAGGCUACUACAACAACGUGGUCUUCCACAGAAUAAUUCCAGACUUUAUGAUACAAGGCGGUGAUCCGACUGGUACUGGCAAAGGGGGCACUUCUAUAUACGGUCAAACAUUCAGAGAUGAAAUACAUCCUGAGUUGAAACACAGCGGGGCUGGUAUUCUUUCCAUGGCUAAUUCUGGACCGGAUACCAAUGGAUCUCAGUUUUUUAUUACGUUGGCACCUACGCAGUGGUUGGACGGUAAACAUGCAAUAUUUGGGAGGAUUUAUAUGGGGAUGAAUAUCAUUAAUAGGAUAGGACUGGUGGCGACUGAUAGGAAUGACCGACCGAUUGAGGAUAUCAAAAUUCUAAGGGGUAAAAUCAUUAAAAAUUAAGUGUUCAUUAUACUGUAAGAACUAGAGAGCAAAACUUGUAUGGAUGUUUGAUGGGUAUAUUAUACAUUAGACUAAUUUUGUAUAUUUUUAAAAUGUAAUUUAAAAUUAAAGUUAAGGUAAAUAAAAGCUUAUUUGUUACUUUA